AUGCUCGGCCUACCUGCUACAACUCUCGAUGAUCCGUAUGCAGCAAAGCACAAGUUCGCCCCUGAGGAAUCUCCUUGCGACUACCUUGAACGUCGUCACAGUCAGAUAAUGCGCUGCAUCACUACUAGGACCGAGAGCAUCCAACUUGAGGACUACGGUGUCACGCAACAAAUUGACCAAAUGCUGCAGACGUCAGCUCAAGAAAUGCCCCCUGAUUGGUGGCUAGUCCCAAACACACGACUUAAACAGCAGCCUGCAAUCAUAAGUGAAGGGGAAAAGCUCGAGACCACCCUUCGGAUUCUAUUCCAGAUUACGCACUUCAAUCUGCUGAUCCUCCUACAUUUCCCGUACAUGUUACGGUCCAAUUGCCGCGCGAAUCACGAAUACAGCAGAGCGGCGCGUUCAAACGCAAGCCGCGAGCUCCUAAGUCGAUACAUCAAGUUCAGAUGCGCGAACGAGAUCUCGUUCUAUUUCAGAGCCAUUGACUUCUCCGCUUUCACGGCGUGCCUCAGUCUGCUUCUCGCGCAUAUUGAAAGAUGGAAUCAUGACGCUGAUGUGGUUGAUUUUCUCGUCCAUCAGAGAGCGAGUGAUCGUGCUUUGAUGGAAGAAGUCAUUGGACUCAUGUUGGAAGUGGACCAUUCCGAUAGCGGCUCUCUACUGGAGUAA